AUGUUUCAAGGCAAGCUUUUUAAGUAUACUGUAAUGGGUUGCCUACACAAGUAGCAGAAUUGUUGCUGGAUUGUAGCAUUUUGAACUGCAGAGGGGGGCGAGGAACUAUCACAUAUCUGAGUGCUUCCCUGUUUUGGGGGGCAGGAAGGGAUUCUUUUGUGUGUGCAUGCACACACACAUGUGCACACACCACUGACAUAUCAGAGAAAUGGGCAGGGUAUUGCCUUUCUUCCUCUCAUCUAGAUUUCCAUGCACCUGAGGAGGGGGGGGGGAGUUCUUGAUGUUUGUGGUUGACUCUUCAAUUAAGAUUGGAUGUGUGCUCCAACAAUGGAGAGGAAGAAUGCACAGCUUUAAAAGAACUAAAUUUUAAUGGUUCACCCAGUUGCCACAGUGGUAAGGGACAGUCUUACCACUUUGGUUUUUUAAAGGGUUACUUGACUGCUCCUGCUUGAGUCCUACAUCUAGUCAAAACAGUUCUUUAACUUUGUUGAUCAAUUAAUUAACUAUAGAACAAAAAGAACUGCAUGUCCCCACUGGUUCCCCCUAAUACUAAACAAGUAGACAAUGAAACAGCUCUGAGAUAUUAAUCAUAUUAUUACAAACAUAGAGGGGUUGAUGUGUUAUAAGAAAAAUAAUUUGGAUCCUGGGUUUCUGUGACAGAAACUUUAGAGCAUUUUCAAAUGUAGGCACUUAAAAUGCAUUUGAUAUUUUGUAAAGUGCGCAGUGUUCUGGGUUUGUUUGUUUGUUUGUUUAUUUCUAUUUCCUAGCUUGCCCUAUCUCAGAGGCAGGAUGCAAUAGAUUUAAAAUAUGCAUCUUAGCUGCCCAGUUAAAACCAGCUAAUGCGAUGUUGAAAGGUAAAAUUCCACACCAACUUAACGCUAGGCCUUAACUGCUUGCCCAAUUAAAGGUUUUCCUUUUUUUAAAAUGGCAACAACAAAUGCCCCUAAAUUUAUUCUAUAAGUUCCCCCAACUCUCUGGAGCACAUUUGGGGAGAGUGUGAGGUACACAUAGGGGGAGGAGAGUGGGGGGAAACUUGUUGCACUAGCAGGAAUCCUUGUGCUAAGUUAGUGCAGGCAUAGGCAAACUCCAGCCCUCCAGAUGUUUGGGACUACAAUUCCCAUCAUCCCAAGCUAACAGGACUAGUGGUCAGGGAUGAUGGGAAUUGUAGUCCCAAAAUCUGGAGGGUCAGAGUUUGCCUAUGCCUGAGUGAGUGGAAUACUGCCUCAAGUGCUUCCCACAGUACCCCACUAGCCCAAUGUCACAGGAGUGCAUUGGGUGUGAGGCCAUGAAACACAGGAGAAAUGUCCAUCAACAUUUUUAAGGGGAAGAGUUUCACUAUAUAUGUAAAUACUCCACCCUUCAAUGACCCAGUUCUCAAUUUGUGACACGAUUAUGAGUUACUGUAGAUGCACCCUGUAGAAUAUAACACACCAGCUGUGGUGAAUGAGGCAGAAUAAGCCUAUUGCAAAUAAUAAUAAUUAACUGAGCCAGCAACGUAUGUGUGUGUGCUGAGGUUGCGUAACUGCAAAUUCUGUGAGGUCACAUCUAUGUCAAGUUGACCUAGGAGUUCCUUGUUAGUCAUAACUUUGUCUUGCAACUAGGAUCUUCUAAUGGGGAAAAAAUGUUAGUAUCUCCUUUUUUAACAUUUACAGUACACACACCUUUGAAAUGAGGAUUAGAUGCGUCAGAACUGGGGGGGGGGACGGACCAAAGGGUCAGGAGCCUAGGUCAAGUGGGAUCAAGGAGAAAGAAAAAUGCCCUCGAAGCUGCCCAGAAAUGCCAGCUGCUGUUUCCAUACUCAGUACAGAUGGUCAAUUUGUGGUUGCUUCUACAUGACCUCAUUAUUGAGCAUUCUCCCUGAUUUGUUUGUGCAAGGUUUGUUGGAUAACAUUGGCUAUUUAUUGAGCAUGCACUCUGAUUAGUUUGCAGGGAGGUUAUUCAACAUUGCAUCAAGCAAUUGUUAUUCCACUUUGUCCCAGCCAUUUUCCCAUCUCUUUCGUUAUUGCACAAAGUCCAGUUUUGUCAAGGGUAGGAGAGAAGGCUUGCUGUGCAAGAGCACCAAAUCAGCUUUUAAUUGCGCUACCUGAAUCAGGCUUUAUUUGAUUGAAUCCCACCUGGAAAUACAGUAGUAACAGCCCAGAAGCAACCUUUAAUGCAACAGGGUGAUUUCUGUUUUGAUUUAUGAUGGCACUAAUCUUUGUCUUUCAAUAGGAGUGCAGUCACUGUACAGUACUGGUGUACUAGUGAAGGCAGGUGGGAGCCUUGUAGUGAGGUUAGACUUGCAGAAGACAAAAUCCUGUUUACUCCUUUAAGGUUACAGAGGGGUAGAUAGUGCAUGGACAUGGACAUGGACACGGACACACACACACACACACACACACACACACUGUUAAGCACUUUGCGCAUUGGAAGUGCUUAUUUGUUGCCACAUUUUAGAAGAGCUAUAGGUCUUCUUUCCAAGGGCGUGACCAGAAGUUAGAUAUGCCAAUGUUGUUCUGUGUCUUAAAAUCCACCCUGGAGGCUGUACUGUAUUGCUACAGAAGAAGCAGGACACACCCUUGCUGCUAUUUAUAAAAAGAACAAAGCCGGCUCUUUGCAGUGACUGACAAGCCAGGAAUCAGAUCUCUUCCAAGGUCAGGUAAGCAAAACUGCAUUGUAGGGCUAGAUGUAAAAGCAACUUUGUAUGCAACAAAUAAAAAAUAACGAAGCUAGUAAAUUGGUAACUUUCCACUUUCAUGACUUUGUCUUUAGGUUGAUUUGGAUAUAACAAAAGCUGGAGAGCCAGGUGUGAGGAAAUAACAUCCAGCCAGUAUUUUCUAUAAUGUGUAAAUGAAAGUUUGCAUUCAAAAUGUCAGACAAAAACCUUUCCCCCUCUAAACAUUGGAUUGUUGUUGUUUAGUCGUUUAGUCGUGUCUGACUCUUCGUGACCCCAUGGACCAGAGCACUCCAGGCACCACUGCCUCCCACAGUUUAGUCAAACUCAUGCUUCAAGAACACUGUCCAACCAUCUCAUCCUCUGUCGUCCCCUUCUCCUUGUGCCCUCCAUCUUUCCCAACAUCAGGGUCUUUUCCAGGGAGUCUUCUCUUCUCAUGAGGUGGCCAAAGUAUUGGAGCCUCAGCUUCACGAUCUGUCCUUCCAGUGAGCACUCAGGGCUGAUUUCCUUAAGAAUGGAUAGGUUUGAUCUUCUUGCAGUCCAUGGGACUCUCAAGAGUCUCCUCCAGCACCAUAAUUCAAAAGCAUCAAUUUUUCGGCGAAACGUUGGAUACACUGAAAUAAAUGCAUUGUUUUACAAUGCCAUUCAAACCCAAUGGUGAUCUUCAUUUAUUUCAGAAAGGGGGAACCUGAAGCACAGUUUCAGCCACCCCCAAGUGUCCCUAUUUUCCAGGGACAUCACUGAUUUAGAGAAACCAUCCCGGUUUCUGAUUUGAUCCUGGAAUGUCCCGCUUUUCCUUAGGAUGUCCCUAUUUUCAUUGGAGAAAUGUUGGAUGGGAUGGAGUUAUCCAACCGUUAAGCUUUCUUAAGGCAAUCCUGUAUAGGGAAGGUUUUUUUUAAUGUUGAAUGUUUUAUUAUGUUUUUGUAUAUGUUGGAAGCUGCUCAGAGUGACUGGGGCUACCCAGUAAGAUGUGUGGGGUUGAAAUAGUAAAAUGAUUAUUAUGGAAUGGGAUGUCCCUAUUUCCAUCAGAAAAUGUUGUAAGGUAUGCCGUUUUCCACAUUCAGUAUUUGGAUUUUUUCCAAGUGUACAAUUCCCCUUUUCUGCAAUUAUAUAAAUAGUGUAAUGGUAUCUCCCAUCUUGCCAUGUGAUGACUUCAAAAAUAGGAGAUUUAAAAUAGGAAAUAGGAGAUUUAAAAGAAUCAGUGUAACUUUAAUCUGUACUAUUAACUUACAUCUGGCAAAAGUUUUGUGGGUAAAGUUAGCUUUACAGAAGGCUGUAAAAACGCAGGUAUAUAGCACUUCUGAGCUAAGGGUGCAUUGAUUGAUUGAGCUGGGGCAGAGAGGGUCACUAACAUAGCCUUAAGGUCCCUGAGAAAGAGAAAAAGAACAUGAAUAGGGGCUUUCUUAUUGUUCAUUCUAUUCAUUGAGCACACUGCCUCUAAUAUGUGCAGCUGGGAGGUGGCGGUGAUGGGAGCUGAGUGAGCUCUCUUGGGCUGCAUGUAGGAAAAGAAGUGCAUCGUGUCAACCAUCACGUUUUUGAUCUUAGAGAAGCAGCUGUCCCUGGACAGAAAUCUGAGCUGAAAUCCUGCAGUUCAAAACUAAGCUCAGCAGGCAAUCAACUGUUGUUUCUGUUUCCCAUUUGUCAAUACGAAGAAGAUAUUGGUCAAAUUUACAGAUUAUUAUAGGGGUGAGGAGCCUGAGACCCUCCAGUUUGCUUGGACUAAAACACCCAUCAUUCCUGACCAUUGCCUACACUGGUCAGAGUUGUGGUCCAACAACAUCUUUAGGACAACACAGGCGCUCUAUCCCUGGGCUACUGAAAUAUUGUAUAUGACGUUUGAGCGCUUAGGAAAUGUGCUAUAGAAAUGCCAGGUCAUUAUAAUAUGUACAACUGCAUUGCUUAAUUGACUAAGGCUGCAUUCCUAAGCAUACCUACUUACCUGGGAGUAAAGCCCAGUGAACCCAAUGGAACUUAAAUCUAAGUAGACAAGUAGGCCUUUGACAAUUAAGGCAUUUUGUUUUGGAGGACCCACCUAUUUUGCUGAAUCUAUAUUGUUCUAUUUUGGUAAGAAUAGUUUGUGUUACUCAUUUUAAAUGAUUGCAACUGUCCUACAUGUUUUUAUAGCUGUAUAUUGUAUUAUUGGAACUCACCUAAGAUUGUAAAGGGCAGGUAAGAAACCUUAUAUAUAAAUUAUUGUAGCUGAUUAAAACAUUUUUGAUAAAUUAAAGUUAUAUUCUAAAUUAACUGGGCAACAUAUUAUUUAAAAAUAUAAUUUUAAUAUAAAAAACUAGAUAAAAAGUGAUUUCCUAAAAGAGUCCUCUUUUGUCCCACACAAUAAAAAAUGGAUCUAAGGCAAAACUUGCAACACACUUGCAUGAUUUAAAAAUAAUGGAAGUAUUCAUUCUGUUUCCAAACUACUGCUUUUACUUAUAUACAACUGUAUGCAAAUCAAGUCAAUUAGUCUGCAACUAUAAUUAAUGAACAUGAAUUUCUUCAGUUGAGCAACAGCCCUGGUCACACUAUAAAACCCCACCAACUAUUUAUGACCCGAGUUUGUCUCUUGCAAGCCUCUAAGGCAAUCAUCUCCUAUCCUGAUUUUUUUCAUGUUUACAGGUUAUAUUCGCUGCCAUGGAUUUUGCUCCAGAGAAGAAAGAGGCCUUCAUCGUAACUCGAGAGAUCUGUGCCGGCAGGAAGAAGAUCCCCUUGGGGUCCAUAGGAUGCUUUGUGGAGGGCAAGCACAGCAAAGGUCGUAUAGUUGACAUGAAGUCCAGGCCUGUCAUAGCCCUGAUGAGCAGCCACAUAAGACCUCUCAGCCAACACCAGGGUGCCCUGUUGCUCACCAUUGAGAGCCCACAAAAGAGGCAUAGCCUGUUCUGCAACGAACAGCUAUUCUCUUCCAUUUGCUGCCUGAGGAUCCACGAUGUGCUGCAACUAAGAUAUGGCAGAGUGGCGACUGUUGGUAUUGUGAGGGGCUUCUGGGAGCGGCGCAGGAAACCGGGCAGUGGAGAGCUGAGGAUGGUCCUCAUUGAGGUGGAGUUGCUGGUGAGGCCAUAGCAGGGCUUAGCUUCAGGGUAUUCUGGUACUGUUCUGCUCCUGUUAAUGGCCAAGCUUUUAGUUGCUGUGGAGCAAAGCCUUCAAAUUCCCCAUUUUUCAUCACAGGUCCUUCUCUGAAUCCACUAAUCCUUUAGCCUCUUUGUCUAUGCAUCUUUGCAUCCCUUACUCUUUAUCACCUAUCCUUAAAUAUAUACUUUAUGAUACCCCCUAUAUGACCAUUCUUAAAUGCAUAAGGUACUACCUUUGGCAAAUGGAAUUGUCCCUAAAAUGAACUGGUACUGCCAUUGCAGCAACAAGUUUGGGAGGGAAAAUAUAGAUCAGGGAUGUGGUAGCUCCCAUCAGCUCUAUCCAUCAUGGCCAGUGAUCAAGAAUGAUGGGAGAUGUAGUCCAACUGAUACAGGUUCCCCGUCCUUGGUAUGGAUUAUUGCUUCAAAAAAGCAGUAUUCUCAACACCGAUUAUUAUUUUCUUUGCUUCUUAAACCAGGAUCCAGGAAUUAUUGCCCUUGGUAACAGCUCCUCCAGGCUGAAAAUCGAUGCAAGCAAGAUUGUCGCUGUUAGCUCCAGCAUUACCAACCCCAUUUGGUGCAAAGAGAUUGGCCAAAGAUCCCUUAAGAAAGGUAAGAGUAGGUGAUGAAGUUGCAAGACCUCAGCCUCCUAAAAUUUCCAGUUUGUUUGCACAAUAUUUCUUAUCAAAGAGAUCCAUGGUUUUGAUAUCAUCGUCCCCCAAUUUCUUAGUUCUUGUGAUAUCCGGGAAGAUCACAAACAAAUGAGUUAUGCUUUAUGCUUCACGACCUUGGUGUGCCUGGUAGUGUGUUUGUGCACCUGUAAGAGACAUGCCUGUUAUGUAAGAGAAGUGCCAUUCCCCUCUCUGGGUGUGGCUCCCAACAUAACUCAGUGGAAAGGAGCUGGAACCUUAGUCUUGCCUGGGCAGUGAGUCCUAGCUAGUUGCUGUUAAAAAUAAAUACAACUACUGAAGUUCCCCUGACCUCCUGCUGCCCUCCUGCCACUUUCUGUCAUUAGGGCAGUCCCACUGCAAAUUUUCUUUCCCAAACUUACAGGGCAAGAGCAAGCGGCAAUACUAUGUGAUCUGAAAGGGACUUCACAAGAUCUCUUCCAGUGCCACAGAGAGUGCUGGGAUGCAACUCAAAAGCCAGCCACCCCAGGCUAUUGCUUAGAUUGCUUGGCAGUUGGGCAUAAAACACAGGGCAGUAUUUCAAGGCAUCAUAGUCUUGCAUCCAUGGGAGGGGCCUUACUGUCCUCAGGGAUCUGAAAUUCUGAUCACAGGGAGGAGAGUAAGAACGUUCAGAAAUCCCCUCUUUCAAUCCCCUUUCACGUUUCCCUGGGGGUCUGCAGGCCCUCAAUGUUAAGGUUGCCAUAUGUCGAAAAGUAAAAACCAAGACACCCCAAAAGUUGUUGAGCUUUUUUUUUAGUUUACUUGCCAAAGAUCCAGGACAUAUUGCCCCCCUGGACGUCACUUCUGCCUUUGAAAUCCCCAUAAUGUCCAGGAAAAUCUGGACAUAAGGCAGCCCUACUCCAUGUUGUAGUUGUGGGACUACAACUACCAUCAUCCCUGACCAUUGAUCAUGCUGGCUGGGACUGAGGGGAAUUGGAGUUCAGCAGCAACAUCUGGAGAGCCGUGUGUUCACCAUAUGUCUUGCUUUAGGUAUUUUGGCUCUCGUGGUAAAGGUAGGGUUAAUAACAGGACCAUCAUUUACCACACCCCAACUGUUCUUCUAGCGGGCAGUUACAUAAUGGAGCACUUGGCAGAGGAUGAUGCUGAGGCAGCAUGGGAACAUGACGUCCUGCAGAAGAUGGAAGGCAUCAUGAAGGGCAUCCAGGGGCAUUGCAACUCCUGCUACCUAGACACUACCCUCUACAGGUUUGUUCAGUGUUGGCUCUAGUUGGGGUCCAGCUCUGUGGUCUCUCCAGCGUUCCACACUGCCUCCUGCAUUCAGCAAUGCAUUCAGCAAACCCUUCUCCCCUUUAUUUUGCUGCCUUUUUCUGAUCAUAGUGCUUUGGUCUUUUUUGCAAUCUUCAUGAUCCUGUCCUUCCUGCAAAAUAGACCAGGAAUAGCCAACAUGGGCCCUACAGAUGGACUCCACAUUUGGAAGCUGUAUGCCUCUGAAUGCCAGUCGCUGGGAAUGGCCGGGGGGGGGGGAGUGCUGUUGCGCUCAUGUCCUGCUUUCAUGCUUCCCAUGAUGGCACACUGGAGAACAGAAUGUUGAACUAGAUGACACAUUGGCCUGAUCCAACAUGGUUCUUUUUAGGAUUGCAAUUUCCAUCACCACUGACCAUGCCUGAUGGAGCUGAUGGAAGCUGUAGUUUAAGCAGCAUAUGAUGAGCUGCUACACAUUGCCUACUAGACGAAGCCAAAAUGAUACUUAGCCCUUGGAGGGCCAGUUCCAUCAGCAGCUACACUAGGAAGUAGCAGGCCAUGGUACCCCUUCUGCACAACGGUGAUGACCUCCCUUUCUAUUUCAGUUCAUGUGUUUUAUGUGCACAUUUCUUUGCAGUUUAUUCAGCUUCUCCUCUGCCUUGGAUGGCAUCCUCUAUUCAUCUGAGGUGCGCGAUGCAACAGUGCAGCAAAUCUUGAGGCAGCAGAUUGUGCAGCCUUUGAGACAGUGAGUUCCAUUGCAUGUUCAAAGUGCUUGUACUCUGUCUGUGGUAUUCAUGUGCUCAGUGAUGGACUAUAAUUUAUUAUAGGAAUAAGGGAACUUUUCAUCCUGCCCAAUUAAGCAGGUCAAUAAUAGAAAAUACCAUACUGUAGAGGUAGGGGACAGCUAGUGGGGCCAGAUCCUGUUCUCCCCACUCCCAUGGACCAUGUUGAUUACACGAUAGCAUUUCAAGGAUCUCUCUAGUGCUGGAGAUCCUAUCUGGGCUCGCUGUCACCACUGAUAAGCCAGUUGGCACUGCAGCAAGCCUCACUUGUCAAGUAACAAUUGUGAGUGCACUUAAAGGCUCCCAGCGAUUUCUUUGCAGCCGUGUCUCUACCUGCCCCACACCUGAUGUCACCUGUUACAUUUGGGGGCAAUAGCCUUCUGGGCCAAACUGGGGCCUAUGCCAGGCCUGAUUUAGCCCACAGGCCAGAGGUUCCCCACUGCCACCUUAUUUAUUUUAGGAAAUGCACAAAGAGCAAGAACUCCUUCCCCUGGCCAGUGAAAAUUAGUAUGCAGAGUGGUUGAAAGAACUGAUCAAAAUGUCCACAGAAGUAAUUAUUGGUGUGAUUACGACAGCUUCUCAAAGAGCAAAUUGCUGGCCUGUGUUAAUUAGUACAGAGCAGGGGGUUGGGAAAUGAAUCAGGCUAAACUCCAAGGGAUGACAUUGUCACAGCAUGCCCACUUGCCCCACAGCUGCUGGGGAAGUAGCACUGUCAUCCAUGCUGACUUCUGGUGACAUCUCACCAGAACUCGCUGCUGCUGCUUUGCACCACAGAGGCACAACCUAGGUGAGGGGUGCAGCAGGGGUGCAGCAUGAUAGCAGCAGCUGGGUGGGGCAGCACUUCCCAUUUCCCCUCAAGCCAUGAAAGAGGAUGCACCACCCCAUCUUUAGAUGUUGCUGCAGUAUCACUCCUCUCACCCCUGACCAACAGCCAUGAUGAAUUGCAGCUUCCACUAGCACCAGCCAACAUCUGGACAGCCACAUGUUCCCCACCCCUGCUUUCUAGUGAAGUCGUGCAUUUCACGGCAUUAUAUACAUUUCAUGGAAUUCACAAAACACGUUACUGUUAAGAGAAAAUAGAGCUAUAGCCUUAAUUUUUUCAGGUAGCCCUUGAAGGAAAUAUCCUUGUUAUCAUGCAAACACCAGCACAUCUGCUUCCAGGUGUAGAUUUUAAGGAUCUUCUUUGCACCAUUGAAUGAACCGGCUUUUCAGGAAGGCAUGAGCUGAUGUUUAAUAGCUCAUCUAGUAUUUCCCCUUUAUACUCUCCACUUCCCCCAAGUGAUAGGAAUUUGCAGGGCUGUCUAUUACAAAGGUCAGUUUCAUGGAGAGAAUGUAGGCUGUUUUGUGUUGUAGUUGGUCAAAGAGGCUAAACAACAUGUUUAGCUUUUUUUUAAAAAAAAUAAAAAUAUGUAAUUAUACACAUUGAGCAUGGACAAGACACAGCAGGGUUAACCUUGAAACAGCAUCAGUUUCUGCCAAAGCAGCUGCAUUCCCUUGCAGCUCCCUGGGGCUGGUUUUUUCCUAGGUAGUCCCAACAGCACACAUUUCUUUCUCUAGCUAAAGACAAAAUUGUGAGCAGGCAGGUGCAACCAUCAUUCCUAGAUGAUCUGGGUUGCUCAUUAAUGAACAUUCAUUGUAAGCAGGCGAGCACAUAGCUUAUGCAAGUAUUGAUCUUUCCCAGGCAUGGCUAUGUGGGAGCUGAGAAUGUGAUGAAUUUGAGGAGGUCGCUGCGAUGUGACAGCUUUGUUACAGAAGAGAAAGGUAAGGGACAAUGUCAUCAUAGUCCUUUCAAUGCACCUCUGGGGGCACGGGGAUGUCACUUUGCCACUGCUUGCUUCCCUCCUCCCCUAAAAAAUACACUCAGACACUUUGAAGUAUCUGGAAUAUGUCCACAAAUGAAGAGUGUGUAAACUAGGAGUAUAGUUCUGCACAUUGCUGCAGGCCUUUUGCUAUCCUAAUGGAGACUACUGUUGACAGAUCCAGAGGAGUUUCUGAAUGUCCUUCUCAGAGAGGUCUUGGCUGUAGAACCCUUGCUCAAAAUCAGGUAUGGCUUUGAUCUGUUGAUCUUUUUUUUUUAUCUUGGCUCUGAGGGCCAGUCACCAGGGCAGUAUAUCUACCAUGUGACUAGGGAUGCCAACUCUUGGAUUCAUAAAAUCUGGUGACUAGGCAAGGCCUAGGAUUGGAGCCCAUUUCAUUGCAGCACUGGGUGUGGGUGGGAGCCUAGCUGUGUCACAUGGAUGAGGACAGACGGCAUUGAGUUGAGAUAGGUUGGGAGGUGAAGUUUUUCAGUAGGAAGGAGCCCAACACAAAAGCUGUUAAUUUGCCUAAGAGGUACAGCUUCUAUAAAUUGGCUGAAAAUGAGAGGGCAGGGGAAACAACUUGAAAGCAAGAAAACAACGGCCUGGUCAAUAUUAUACUCCAAUAAUGACAUUUUUAAAAACAUGGUGGUAGUAGUCAAGCCAUACACAGCUACCUGUGCUGUUUUGAUUGGGAAGUUAUGGCUUGACCCAGAUUCUUUGCCUCCAGGCAAACACUGCCACCUCCACAGUUAAGCCUCCAGAGGCAGUAUUUGUUGCUCUUUCUUGUAAUGCAAUGAAUAUAUUCCUGCAGUAGAUCUUGGUCCUGACAAAUGUGGGUGGUUUUGCUGGCCUUAGAGCAAGUGAUUCAUCCUCCAUGCCACUUUUGUACAGACUUUUACUAGACAGUGCACUUGUGAUAGUGGGUUAACAUUGGUAUACAUCUACACGUACAUAAUAUGCUUCAAAACAACUGAGCUUCAAAACUUCUUCCCCCCCAAAAAAAAUUUAGGUCAGACAACGAAGUGCUAGAAUAUAAUUGCUACCAGAUCCUUGCAGAGAAAGAUGCUACAAUCAAAGUGCCCAUUGUGCAGCAGCUACUGGAAAAAUCCCUGCUCUCAUAUGGCUUAAAGCUGGAUGAGGUAUGCAACUAGCUUUAGGUAGCACUGUGUAUAUUUCAAGGUUAGAAUAUUGGAUUCUCGGUAUUUUAAAGACCUCAACUACAACCAAGAAUGAUCUAUUCAGGAGCAGUUCUAUUUGGACCACUCCAUCUUGUGCCAAUUUACAGCAAAACACAUACAAACACUCUUCAAAAAGGUCCAUUUCUUCCAGAUUCCUUCAUGCCUCAUCUUACAGAUGCCUAGGUUUGGGAAGAGCUAUAAGAAGUUUUCAUCAGUGUAUCCCUCUCUCGAGCUUGACCUCACAGAUAUGGUGGAGCAAGGUAAAUCAAAGAUUUGAUACUGGUUGGGUUUGAUGUUACUAAAAACCGAUUGAAGACUGCUGUAACAAACCUGGGUUCUUUUUCUAUGAUUGUAGCUCCACGGGUGUGUUGUGUUUGUGGAGGAGAGGCAGCCCACGGAUGCUCACGGUGCCAACUGGAUUCCCUCCUGCAUCCCAAACUCAUUAAACUGUUUGAGAACCUUUCUAAGGUACAAAGGAGCAAUGAAAUAUUAUUUCAUGAUAGGUCAGUGGGAGGGUUCUGUAAUGACAUUGGCAAGAGUUGCUAGCAGGUAGCCAAAUGGUCCAUGUGAACAAUGAGCCUUUGUCCUUAGGUUUUUUAUUAAAUUUUCAUAACUUUAACCAAUUAAUUUCAAAUCUGUUACACAUUUCUGUUACAAUUUGACUUACCACCUUUCAUUCCAUGCUUUUUUACACCCACCCCUUUCUCCUACUGCAUAAUAUCACACAUUUCAACUAAUACAUAGUCCCCUAUUUCAUAUAUUAUCAGUUUCUUCCUGUUGCUCAGAUUUCAAAUCCUGCUCACAGUUUCAUUUGGUCAUCAUAUUUUUUUCAAAUAACCCAAAAAAGGCUUCUACUCUUCCAUAAAUUGUCCAUCAUAUGGAUCUCUUACUUUCGCUUCUAGCUUUGCCAGUACCGCUUAGUAACUGUGAGCCUCUGUCUUCAUCUUCAGGGAUUUAUUGCUACAACUUCUUGCACACUUACAUGUGGAGUUACCCACCCACCAGGCAAGCAAGCAAAAAUUAGGCUUACCAGCUUUGGCACAAUUUCAACAAACAAUAUUCUCCCUGUAGGUAGAGAUUUGCAUAGUUAUCUCUGCUAGAUUUCUGCUGGUUGUGUAGCUGUAAAAGGCACAGCACCCUCCCUGGAAAAGUUUGUAAAUUUACCUCAAGGAUCUUCCUUCAGAACUCUGUAACCUGCAUAUUCUCCUUCCUCCUCCAUAACAUGAUAACUUGUAUUCUAGGAAACAACACAUUCUCCCUAUUGGGAAACCCAAAAGUACGUCCCAACUGGUUAGCCUCCCAGAAUCCUCUUUGCACAAUAAACAUUCCAGGUACCUUAGGCAAUUUCUUGGCCAAGAGUUCCAGGUAUAGUGAAAAACCAGCUACGCAAAUGGCACAGUCUGUACCGGGCUGUCCGCUAGGGGUUUAUUAUUAUUAAUUAAUUUACAAAUUUGCCUUUUACGUUUUUAUGUCUCAAGGCUAUUUACACAGACAUGGCUAAAAUGGUUUUUAAAACAGUACAAAGAAAUCUGAAAAUAGGUUUCAAAGCAAUGCAAAGUGAACACCUGAAGGAGCGAGGUCUUUUCAUGCAGUUGGAGAAGCCUGCCAAAACAAAAAUGUCUUCAAUUGUGUCUGGAAAAUACAGGUGGUGGCCUCCUGCUGUAGUUCAACAGGUUUGCAAAGAUCAAGCCUACAUUGCUGGACUGCACUGAAGGGUGACACAGUCAAAGUGUGACACCCAGGAUUAGCACAAGGAAACAGAACAUUAUAAUCAUCACUUCAAGAUGCGGAAAAGCCCGAAAAACAGUGUCGAAUUCUGACUAACAUUCAUCUGUUUCUUUCAUCCAGCCACCAUCUCAUCGAAUUGGACUGAAGCAUCCUUACAAAGGACUAGGACCCAACAGCCCUCCCACAAAGCAGUACACCUUGGAUCUCUUUGCCGUCCUUUGCAUAGAAAGCAGCCAUUACGUGGCUUUUGUUAAAUACGGCCCCUUGAGACACUCCUGGCUUUUCUUCGACAGCAUGGCUGGCACACUGGGUAAGCAAGGAUCUUGGGCCUUAUUUGUGGGGGUUAUUCUAAAAACCAGAGCUCCGCCAGCUUCAACACGUGUUUCCAAGGUUUUCUGUCCCUUUCCCAUUAGUUCUUACUUCCUCCCUAUUUUCACUUGGACAUGGCUUUCUUCAGCGCUGCUGAAUCAUGGCAACAAAUAUAAUUACUGUCUUGCUCUUCACAAGCUCACACAAUGCUUAACUACAGGCAUCCCCACCACCACUUACGCAGGGGUUACAUUUUGGGGCCCCCGUGAGCAUAAGUGAAAUUGCGUAAAGUGGGGGGCAGCCUCUAAAAAGGCUCUAAAUGCCCAUUUCCCGCCUGCUCUCCAGCUCUCUCUCCACACACAACUCUCUCCAACUAGAGUUGAAGUUCUGGGGCCAGCUAGAGGACGCACAGAAAAGCAGCAGCAACAUGCAGCAGCUGCGCUACCCCAGGCGUCAGCUGCUAGGUGAGGAGGCUGAGCAACCUAAACAAAGCCCUGCUGUGCCUCCAGUCUCUUUAGGGCUCCCUCUGUCCUCACCGACGUCUUUUUGGGGCUCUGGGGAGGGUCUCCUCGUGUGUCACAAGGACUCUUCAGCUCUCUUUUGCCAUUUCCUGGUAUGAUUCUAUAAAUAAAAAAUGGAGGUGCUAUAUGUACUUCUCCAUGUUUGUUUGUUUUGUAACACAAUACAAUCUCUACUGAAAACUAAUAAUAAUAAUAAUCUUUAGCUGCCUUUUUUUAAACUGUCCCUGUUUUUCUUUAGAAAAUGAGAAAGGAACUAACAUUCCUGUGGUCAAGGCCUGCCCUCAGAUUGGAGACUAUCUGGCUAUGACACCCGAGGAAUUUGCUACUGUGGACACCAAGCAGAUGGAUGCUUUUUCCAGAAGAUUUUUCUGUGAUGCUUACACAUUCAUGUACCAAAAGCCACAGCACGCUUCUUACAAGUAUUGGUUCAGAAACUGA